UGUCUCUGCCCUGGGUACCUACAGUAGGUCAUGCUCGACCGGAAAUGCGACCAGCGGCACGCGUGGUGGAUGAAAGCAGGAGAGGUUGUGAUCUUCACGCACGUUCGGAAACGAUCGUCCGGUCGGUGCGGGAGGGAACGAUUCAGCGGCACUCUACUGUAUGUUCAUGGGAUGGCAGGGAAAUGAAGCGCUGGAGCAAAACGCUGGUUUGGUAUUCACCGCAGGCUUCAAUGCCACCAGGCGAUGAUGACGAUGAGAAGAAGAACAACAACAACAACAAAAACAACAACGAUGAUGACGAUGACGAUGGACUACAAGCCAUCGAUGCCCCUGAUCGUCCUCAUCAACCAUGUAAUCUUGUUGUUGGCUCGUCAGAUGUGGGUUAGUGCAUGGAAUGUGUUGUUCCGGGGCUGUCGGAUGGAGUGGUGGUUGCCCAACCCAGCCCGUCAAAGAGCCGACCCUUUUCCCCGGGACGCACUACUUUUGACACUAUUACUUUAUACAUUGUCAUCAAUAUCAAACACCCAGGCUUCCCAGUG